UGCACACUAUCCACCCCACAAUGCCCAACCCCAACUCCACUCUCAUAAUAACUGCCCUCUACCCACAAACUCCAUCUGUAACCAUCAACAUGUCCUACUACUUCUCAAUCCACACACCUGUAGCUACCAAGAACUGGAAACCCAAAGGUAUGACACAAGGUGCACGGUCUACGAAACAGCAACCGACCCGGAAUUUGCGGUUAAGGUGGUAACUGAGUGGAAGAGUAUGGAGGGCUGGGAAGUGGCGCAGAGGGAUGACGGGAUGAAGGGAAUCUCGGAGGAUGUGAAGAAUGUUACGAAUGGGAGCACAGUUUUUGUUGUAGGGGAGGUUGUUGGGUGAAGGUAGAACUAAUAAUGAUGGAAUGGGCAUUGAGAUUUAGUUUACAUGCGUUGUUGGAGGUUUGGAGGUUGGAUACAUAGCACGAUACAGC